AUGGAUAUCACGAGCGACGAUGCGACGCCCCGUUCAGUACCUGAUCUCCCAGAGAAGGCUCACGAGAGGAAGCUCACCCUCCUCUCUCUACCACUCGAGAUCCGUCUUCACAUUUACCACUGGCUUCACCUCAUGAGCCCCGUCCGACAUGCCCAGCUCGCGCCGUGGUAUCCCACCCCCGUGCACUGCCAGUACAUCCUCCGGCCCCUCGACCACAUCCUUCGGCCCCUCAACCACGAGGCAGAGCCCGACGGUGGCGAGGCUAAGGGCCUGCUCUCCCCGUACCGCCCGCUUUCCGGUCUCCCGACGAGCCUCCUCAGGGCAAACUCGCAGAUCUACCACGAGGCAAGACUCAUUCCCUUUUCGCAGAAUGAGUUUGUCUUUGUCAAUUGGUUCGCUUCAGGGCUCUGGGCUGCCCGCGCCUUCACGCGGGCUCUCGCUCCCUGGCAGCGCGGUGCCUUGCGGUACGUGCGUCUCGAGGUGCUCGCCCGGGAUGUGGUAGUCGGCGGCGCGGGCCGGGAGGAAUGGCGGGCCCUAUGCGGAGAGUGGGCCUCGGGGGUGCGCGGCCUGCGGAUGAAGAUGGUGCUCGGUUCGAGUACGGCGACCGUCUCCGGACCCUCGGCAGGUGGAGGGAUGGGGCCCCGAUCGGAGGCGGCACGACAGUGGGUCGGCGAGGGACUUGGCUUGAUGAGAAAGCUCGAGAGAGUUGAGAUGGAGGUUGUGUCGCGGGGGAUGAGCGACGAGGCCAAGAUGCUGUGGUGUGAGAAGCUGGAGAGAGAGUUGAGGGAGGGAGGGCUCAAGUGGGCAGUGGUUGUGUGCGCCGAGAAGGUGCAUGAGAGGAUGGAAUGGAUCAAGAGUGAUGUUGCGUGGAAGAAUCAGUCUGGUUAG